GCAUUUUGGAGCUUGGGCCCGCGUUUGUUUGCUCUAUCCUUCAGCCUCGCGACGUUUUUAAAAUAUUCAAUCUUUCCUGCCUACACAUGUUCUACGAGAAAAUUGCACCACACGAGAAUGACCUAAUCUAAUCUUUCGCGCGAUGUGGCAGUCGUCUUCUUAAAUUGCGCAUCCUAUCCUCCUCAUAAUUCUGCUCUGGCUGGGGAAAGUCGACACGAUGUCGGCCAACGAAACCACCCCCAAUGGUCGCAGCCCACAGCGCGAGACGACUGCUAUCGAAACAGAGGAAGAUAAUACUAAUUCGCAAAAACGUAAGGCUUCGUCGCCUCCGCGCAGCGAAGAUAAGCCUAGCCAGUCGCCGAAAAGAGCGAAAUUGGACGGCAAGUCGGAUGAAGAUACCAGCGCUAAGGCUCCACCAACCCCAAAGGAGCCCGGCACAGACCGCCGCCAGAGCGUAUUGCAAGAAGAGAGAAGGCGCGGAAAGCGGUUAUUCGGCGGUUUGCUAAGCACACUAAGUCAAACCACUUCUAGCUCGCAGCAAAAGAGACGUCAAGAGAUUGAGCGACGACAGCAGGCAAAAGUCCAUCAGCAGAGAGCCGAAGAUGAUAAGCAAAGAGAAGAAAAGUUAGCUAAGUUGAGGACGGUUCGCAAAAUAGAACAACUUAAGUUCGACGAGAAAGUUAUGCAAACGAGGCACACAAAUAUGUUAGCGAUGGCUCGUUUUCUAGAGACUAAGAGCACUCCAAAAAUCUACUACUUGCCAUGGGACCCCACGCCCGAACAAGAAGAUGCCAUCCAGGAGCAAGUCCGCGAUGCCAAGGAUACGAUCGAGAGGGAGGUUCUCGAAUUCAAACAACGCAAAGAGCAGCGAUUAAAAGCAUUAGGCAUCGCAGUCGACCCCCCUGCGCUUGAGCCUAAGGACAUAGUGGGUAGUAAACCUGACGAUGAGCACCCUAUUGACAUUCCACAAUCUAACCCUUCUUCUACUACUACUGAUCGCCCCCCUUCCCAUGCCGGUAAGGUUGGCCACGAAAAAGAGCCAGACAGGGCAGACGAUGUAAUGAUAGAGGAGGUCGAAGACACGGUUAUAUACUAAAUUUCCCAACGUCUACGCCUCUGAUUUUCUCUAUUUAUUGUUAUGUAUUCGGGAUGUUCAGGCGGUGGACGGAAGGUACAGGCGCAUUUGCGUGAUAUGGAUCUACGGGCUGUGGGAAUUAUUUACUGUAAGUUUCGAGUCUUCGGAACUAAC